AUCUUUUCAAGUUGUUUUGGUCUCUGGUGGUUCUCUGUCUUUUGUCAUGAUGAACUAUGGAAAUAUCUCUGCUACAGAUCAACAGUUUCAGGCUGGAUAUGGCACAGUUAAUUCAACAAAUAAUUUUUCAAUCCCUGUGCCUGAUGAAAAUGAGCUCUUCAACUCCAGUAAUGUCAAUGUGCCGGGACGCUGGGUAUUUCGUGUUGAUGGUGGACCUGAGGAGGGAAUUUUCUACCCAUAUGGAGAUGAGGAUACAAAGAACCAUUCAGAGUAUUUUGGGAGUUCUCCACUGAUCCCUCUGGCUCAGCCAUUUGUGUACUUCGGGCUUAUUUAUAAUGAGCUAUACGUGCAUAACCAGGGGUAUUUGACUUUUAAUGAGCUGAUUAACCAGUUGCAACCCUAUUAUUUUCCUGCAUACUCAUCUGUGGACAUCAUCGCUCCCCUAUGGACAGAUAUUGCCAUUACACAUAAAGGAACAAUCACUUACCGACAAGUAACAGAUUCCCAUCUCUUGAAUCGGGCCUCAAAAGACAUAAACCAAUUUUACCACAACUUGAACUUCUCUGCCACAUGGGUUUUCAUUGUUACGUGGGAUAAAGUAUCGUUCUAUGGAUACAGGCGGACAGAGUCAACUUUUCAAGCCGUUUUGGUGUCUGGCAAAAACAUGUCAUUUACACUCAUGCAUUAUGGUCAUAUCGCCCCGACAUAUGCAUUUAAGUCUAGCUGUGCCACAAGUGAUUCAACUGAUUUAUUUUCAGUUCCUGUCUAUGAUGCCACAAAACUGCCAUACACAAGCAAUGUCAACGUCAUGGGUCGAUGGGUAUUUCGAACUGACAAAGCAUCAGAAAACAAUGGUAAACUAAUACAAUAAUUUAAAAUGCAUGCCAUUUAUUUCUUACCUUGUUUAAUAGUUGUGUUUCAUAGAUGUAGGACAAUUCAUUAGACACAAUGUAGGGUAACGUUGAGGGUUACAGAUUAAUUAAAAUCAUAAGCGUGCUGAAAAAUAAACUUGUAUACUUGCAGGACUGUUCUAUCCAUUUAGGAAUGGGAACAAACUAAACCUUCAACAAUAUGGGUUUUCAGAGCUCUAUUUGCAGACACCAUUUUCUUACUUCGGGCUCACAUACAGAACUGUUUAUGUUUACAAAAAUGGAUUUCUUACUUUCAACUGGCCGCUGUUUCCUUCAAGUCCCCCUACUCUUCCAGCAAAUAUAGACAUUGUUGCUCCACUAUGGACAGAUAUUGAUAACAGUGACGUUUACUUUCAAGAAUUCAAGGGUGUCCGAGUACUACAGCGAGUUACAAAUGAUAUACGUCAAUAUUUUCCUAAUACAAAUUUCACUGCCGACUCAGUUUUUGCUUGUACUUGGGAAAAUGUGACAUAUUUUAACAC